AUGCCUUUAUGUACCGCUCAAGGUGCAUUCGAAAAAAUUCAGUGUGAACCCGAUGGUCGUCAAUGCUUCUGCGUAGACGCGCGAGGAAUAGAAAUUCCGAAUAGCCGAACUCGCAAUGGCCAAAAGCCGGACUGCGACAGCAUACUAACCGCCAGUACACCUAGAACUAAAGAGUGUGUUGGAACUGCGGUGCGAGGUCCAUGCUCAGCUACCGUAACUCGAUGGUACUAUGAUGAGCGUGAAGCGAAGUGUAGGGUCAGUUGA